GCGCUGUAGCUGUGGCAGUGGUGUACAGUAGCAUGGCACACUGCAGUAAAUACACAGUUGAAGAGGCGGGGUUUGACAUCUCGGCUCUGAAAACAUCUCUAAUCCAGUAUUUCAGGUGCCGAAGUCGAACGAGCGACCAUUGCUCACUACCGCCGCGCAUCAGCGAACUGCAGCAGAACCGCACGCCUCUAAAAACCGGAAUAUAUCGCAAGUGGACAGAGACGGCUGCUGUGUCCGAAGUGGAAUUCCCGAGAGCAAAGAAAUCCUACAAAAGCCAGAGAGAGUGAAGUUUCAGCGGCGUAAAGACAACACUUUGUUUUCUGGUUGGUGUUUUAGUUUAGUCCAGCGACUCCUACCGCUUCUCAGUUCCUCCCCCCGAAACUCAACCAAAAUACUUCAACUCUUGCUCUCACUGGAGGAUAUUACCGCACUUUGGGUUUGGGUUUGGGUUUGAUGUUUUUUCUCUCAUAGCCCAGCCGUGUUUGCUGACCAGCCUGGAUAAAACUUUACAAUGGAUGAACAUCUGAGUGGGACAAUUGACUGCAGCUGAAUAUCUUCAAUAGCAUCAGGACCAUGUGGCAGAAUUUGCUUACAGGGGUCCACAAUCCCUUCUGAAGCUGUUGUGAAGCUUUGUGCACAGCCAUCAUGACUACAGGAUGACUGAGGGAUGUUCCUUCGUCAUUAAAACGCAUCUUAUCAGAAGUAUCAGACCACUGAUCAUCAAAGACUUCCCAAAACAAAGACUUGAAUUGUAAUUUAGUUUGCGUUGACUUUAAUUUUUUUUUUUUAUUAUUAUUAUUUUUUUUUGAAAAAUCUAAGUAGCGGACAAAGUAAAAGGCCUUCUACAUGAUCUGCAGAAAUGGACUAGAAGCCCAUGUAUAGCAGGGCAGCUGCUGCAGCUCGUGGUAUAACUUAACCCCAGACUGUUGUGGAGUCACUCCUUAGGGGCCAAGGGAUCUGAUCCCAGCACCAACCCCCCCUCCCUUGCGCUGUCUGACUAUCCCACCUGUCUAAAGGCAGACCCCACUAUCCAAUGGCAUGGGUCAAGUUCUUCAGGAAGCCGGGGGGCAAUCUUGGGAAAUCAUACCAGCCGGGGAGCAUGCUGUCUCUGGCCCCCACCAAAGGACUGCUGAAUGAGCCGGGCCAGAACAGCUGCUUCCUCAACAGUGCUGUGCAGGUACUAUGGCAGCUGGACAUCUUCAGACGCAGCUUGAGGCAGCUACCUGGACACUUCUGUCUGGGAGAAUCAUGCAUUUUUUGUGCAUUAAAGGGCAUUUUCUCCCAGUUCCAGCACAGUCGGGAGCGCGCCCUGCCCUCUGACAACCUGCGUCACGCCUUGGCAGAGACCUUUAAGGACGAGCAGCGCUUCCAGCUGGGCUUCAUGGAUGAUGCCGCAGAGUGCUUUGAGAACAUACUGGAGAGGAUCCACCUGCACAUUGUGCCGGAGGAGACAGAUGCCUGCACUUCAAAGUCGUGCAUCACACAUCAGAAGUUUGCUAUGUCACUUUAUGAGCAGUCUGUGUGCCGUAGCUGUGGGGCAUCCUCCGACCCACUGCCGUUUACAGAGCUGGUGCAUUAUGUCUCAACCACCGCACUCUGUCAACAGACACUUCAGCGCAGAGACGAGUCAUUUGGAGAACUGUUACAAGCUGCAAGUACGAUAGGGGACCUUCGUAACUGUCCAAGCAACUGUGGCCAGAGGAUUAGGAUCAGACGAGUCCUCAUGAACUCACCAGAGAUAGUUACCAUAGGCUUCGUCUGGGACUCUGACCAGUCAGACCUCACAGAAGAUGUUAUCCGAUCGCUGGGGCCUCAUCUCAGUCUCUCUGCGCUCUUCUACAGGGUGACAGAUGAGCAUGCCAAAAAGGGAGAGCUGCUGCUCGUGGGGAUGAUCUGCUACUCCAGCCGCCACUACUGUGCCUUCGCCUUCCACACAAAGUCCUCCAAAUGGGUCUUCUUUGAUGAUGCCACAGUGAAAGAGAUCGGCUCCAGGUGGAAAGAUGUGGUCAGCAAAUGUAUCAAAGGUCACUUCCAGCCUCUCCUCCUAUUUUACUCCAACCCCGACGGGACUGCUAUCACCGUAGAUGAUGCCUCAAGACAAAACAGCAGCCAGUCUCACAACAAGACCCCUGUCAAUGGAGAAGUGCAAGGUGUUGAGUCUCCAGUUUUAGCCCCCAAGAAGCUGGACCUCACCAGGGAGAAUCUGAACGCUCUGUUGGGCCAAGGCUCUUUCAAAGAGAAGACCUCUUCGGCCUUCAGCAGGAGCAGCGCUCAGAACAGUGCAGGACGGGGACCAGUGAAAAUUGGCACCAGCAAUCCCAAGAGUUACCUCAGGGAGAUUUCUCGAGAAGUUGCCCAGCGAGCAGGAGAGAUGCGUGGGAUGCAUCCAUCCAGAAGAGAGCCUGAUAGGAGCGGUCAACGGAGGUCGGAGUCACGCUACAGAGAUCCAGGUCAGGACAGGACCUACUCCCGCUCCGUCUCCCCUCCAGAGAAUGGCUUCAAACAACACCUGGAAACUCGACUGUACAGCAGCCAAGGAAAAGGUCCCACUCGGACUGAGCGAAUGCCCCACCUUGGUGGACGGUCAUCACAUGAGCCCCCUCGUUCUCACUCGAGGGUCCAAGUGUUGCCCAGUGUGCCCAGUAUCACUAGUGGUCAUCACAGCCGGAGAUUAGGCCAGGUUUCCAACGGAUAUGAUACUGACAGCAGCCAAGACUCCAGAGAGCGUCCUGGAAGUGGAGGGAACAGCCGCAGCAGGUCCAGCCGCCCGUGGAAGCCCAUGAGGGAGGCGCUAAAUGUGGACAGCGUUUUAAGUGGCAGUAGCGGUGGCACUUCGGCAAGUCGAGAGCAAAGGCAGCACAGCCCCCGGAGAAGUCCCAGUAGUCAAUCGCCCUCCUGUGACCAAGAGCGAGACAGAGAUUUUACGUGGGGAGGUCGAGAAGAACGCAAACCCAAGAGCCUAAUGACCAUCUAUGAGGAUGAGCAGAGGCAUGAAACAGGUGGCAGCCGAAGCUCGCUGGACUCAGAUGGCCGGGGCGGCUACAGCGACAAGGACAGGUCAAAGGGCUCAGCAACUCUAAAAGUGCGGAGUGACAACUGGAAGAUCCAGCGAACUGAAUCUGGAUAUGAGAGUAGUGACAGACUAAGCAAUGGCUCAGCAAAUCUCGACUCACCUGUGGUAGAGAACCUUUCUUCCAAGGACCUGCGGCCCAUACCUGAGCUGCACCUGACAAGGGAUCACUUCCCCCAGAGAAGAAGUGAUGAUUUGAAGGCUGACAUAUUGCACUCUACAUUUUCCACUGGUGAACAAGAAAGAAAAUCUCCAGAUCUACAAGACGCAAGCAUCCUCUCUGGUCAGCAAAUACAAAGAAGAAGAGCUUUCCGAUACACUCCCGGGAUCUUGGAAAAGAACAAUGGUCUGGACAGCGAACAAGAGGAAAACGUGGAUGGCAGCCCUGUGAGCCCUGUGCCUCCUUACUUAGCAAAGACCAGCAGUUCUGAGUGGAACAGCUCGGAUGACCUUGCUGGACCUUUCUCUGAACAAGAAGAGACAGCCACUGUUGACCCUCUCUCGCACAACUAUCCACCACCUUUACCCCCCAAGACCUUUGGCACCAGUCACGCUGACCCAUCUGGCAUCCACUCCCAACCGCCGGAGGUGCCGACACCGUCGAGCCCCCGCAAUGAACCCAAAAAUGGCUUGUCCCCCCUCUCGCACACCACCCUCCGCCGGUGGAUUGAGACACCUGCCGAGCACAGGCUUUCAUCAGAUGCCAGCUCCAAGUCGGGGUCAUCGGACCAGGACAGGAACGAUCUGUCGGCCAGCGAGAGCGACGAGAGGUUACCCAGUCCAAAGCCCGGACACGAUGACGGUACAGACUCCUUUGGUCCGACAGAUAUGGCUCUUCCCACUACCUACUUUUCUGUGGAUAACUGUAUGACAGACACUUACCGGGCCAAAUACCAUAAGCCUGCCUUGUACAUGAAAGCAGAGGACCAUAUGUCAUCGGGGGACAGUGAUGUCGAAGGGAGGGGGCUUCCUUUGCCAGAUGUUCAGCCACCAGAGCCUUCCAAAGGCAGAUCAGAAUCAGGCUAUUCUACUACUAAGACGACUGCAAAGUGGAAACCAGUUACUCCAAAAGGUCUUGAUGAGCAUGGUUUCCUAUGAUUUUAGCAAAAGCAUCAAUAGACCUUGUAUGAUCCAAUGACUGGAUUUCAAAAAUAAUUGUUAUGCACUAUGGCUGCUUGACAGUGUGACUCCUUCUAACUGGUAUGUGUAUUUGCUUAUAUACUUGUCAUAACAGAAAGUUGGACAUGAAACUGGAUGCCAAAGAGAUUGUGAAAAGAAUGGCAGGUGUCCUUAAUAGCUCUUUUGCUGUUUUUGGUAUGAAAAAACUACUAAAAGCUUUGAAUAAAUGGUGAAUUUGCACAGUCGAGAGCACCGGAAAGGUACAGAGAAAGAAACAUGCCUAAAACAUUCUGCUGAUGACCAUGUUUGGACUUUUGGAGCUCAAAAGCAAAGGGUUAGGUUAGUAAAGAAUGUGUCACAAAAAGCCACUUUACCACUCAAGAGAUUAUUUUACAUGAAGAAAUAACCAAUUUCUUGCAGUUCUACUUUCUCUCACUCCAUGAAUGCUUUUAUUUGUUUUAACUACUCCCAUUUCAGUGUUAUGAGGUGUCUGCCCCAGUUCUAUCUGGUUUUCACAUAAUAUAUCUACCUUUCUUUCAGUGGGUUUUGAAGGUUCCAGUAAUAUUCAGAACAUGUUUGAUUUUGUAAUGUAAUUCAACAUAUUUUGAACUAUUUUGGCACAACUUAAAAAUCCCAAGGAUCCAUGUGAAUAUGAAGCUCCAUGACACCCACAUAGGUCUUUGGCUGAUGAGACCUCCUCGCAGGACUGCUGAAGCGAGAAAACUUCAGACUUCAACUUCAGAUUCUUGUUGGUACAUGGUUUAGUGACCUAAGCAAACAACGUGUAGUUCUUUCUUUAGUCUCUCCUUUGGUCAAACUUGAACCACAGGAGGUCUAAUAUACCAAAAUAUCUCUGACCAGUGUAGGGCUAUAAGGUAAUGGGUAAAUAUGUUCAAUUGAUUGCUUAUUGGUAGAAAAGUAUGUGGCACAUUAACUUGAGGCACAUCAUGAACAUUUGCACACUUCCCAUCAUCUUUACAUAUUUACUGUGUUUUAUAUGUCUUUUCACUGUAUUUCUGGUUGAUUGUUUUCCUUUUCACAGUCCUGACACUUUAGCCCAAUCAAUUAUUCAGUUUUCUGUCCUGUUUCUUAAAAAUAGCUCCUAUUGGCAGCAAGUCUGCACUGGUGGGACAUGGACAUGUUUUGAAUUUCAAAUUGUCAUCUAGAGAUAAACAGGGCUUGCUUUUUCUUUGAGGGGGGUUAUUAAUAAUAACAUGUAAAUCUGGGUAGUGGACUAUUUUUUUAGUUCAAAAUGUUUUAUAUUUGCAGCAGACUCUAAUGCACAGUGCCUUUUGUAUUUUUCUAUGUCAUGACAAAAUUAAAUUGGAGCCAUUAUUUGUACAAUUCUUUGAUUUUAAAGAAUUUUUGUAACAUUUAAUUUUAUUUUUAUUGACGAUUGUUAAAUAAACAAUUUUAUUUAACCAUA